GUCCUGAAUCCCUAUUCUUUCCUAGUCAACAAACCACAAGAAACCCUGACCUCAAACAGCCUAGCCCUGCUAUAGAUACACACCUGGACCAGCAACAGAUGAAGAGAGCUACUUCACAAUUCUUGGUCUUUUGGCAGUGUCUGUUCAGACAGGCUCACCCACCCCCAUCCUGUUCUACUUUAGUGUUAGAAGGAAAUGAAGCCACAAAGAGAACUAAAAAGAGCUAUAACACCUUUUGUCUCCUGCCACCUCCUUCCCUCUUUACUGCCCUCAGCACAUAGAGCUAUUCUAACCCAAUUUGGGCUUGAGUGUAACAUUCCUGCCUGCCUGAGGAAGGAAUGAUGAGCUGGGACUGCAGUUGCAGACAAGUGACACCCAGAAGCCAAAAGCUUCUCUAAGUACCAGGUCUGCACAAGACCCAAGCCAAAGCAAUGGCAUUGUCUUUGGAAGAAUUCAUCCACUCCCUUGACCUCAGGACUCUCCCCAGGGUCCUGGAAAUCCAGUCAGGCAUCUAUUUUGAAGGUUCUAUUUAUGAAAUGUUUGGAAAUGAAUGCUGUUUGUCAACAGGAGAAGUGAUUAAAAUUACUGGCCUCAAAAUUAAGAAGAUCAUAGCUGAAAUUUGUGAGCACAUUGAAGGUUGUGAGUCUCCACAACCAUUUGAACUGCCUAUGAAUUUUCCAGGUCUUUUUAAGAUUGUGGCUGAUAAAACUCCAUACCUCACUAUGGACGAAAUUACAAGAACCAUCCAUAUCGGACCUAGUAGACUGGGGCAUCCUUGCUUCUAUCAUCAGAAGGAUAUAAAACUAGAGAAUCUCGUCAUAAAGCAAGGUGAGCAAAUCAUGCUCAACUCAGUUGAAGAGAUCAAUGGAGAAAUACUGGUGAACUGUGGUGUGCUAAGGAAUCAUCAAAAUCACUCAUUUACUUUGCCUUUGUCACAAGAAGGAGAAUUCUAUGAAUGUGAAGAUGAACAUAUUUAUACCCUAAAGGAGAUUAUCCAAUGGAAGAUCCCCAAGAACAGAACACGAACUGUGAAACUUACAGAUUUUUCAAGCAAGUGGGACUUAACAAAUCCAUUCCCUAAAGGCUUUUCUGGUGCUCUGAUUCUCAAGCCUGUUUAUGAAAUUCAAGGUGUGAUGAAAUUCAGAAAGGAUAUAGUCCGUAUCCUCCCCAGUUUAGAUGUUGAAGUCAAAGACAUUACUGACAAUUAUGAUGCCAGCUGGUUUCUUCAGUUGCUAUCUACACAAGAGCUUUUUGAAAUGACCAGUAAAGACUUCCCGAUAGUGGCUGAAAUCAUAGAAGCACCCCAAGGAAACCAGCUACCCGGAAGCAUUUUACAGCCUGGGAAAACCAUUGUGAUCCACAAAAAAUGCCAGGCAUCAAGGAUCCUAGCUUCAGAAAUUAGAAGCAAUUUUCCUAAAAGACACUUCUUGAUCCCUACUAGCUAUAAAGGCAAAUUCAAGCGGCGACCUAGAGAGUUCCCAACUGCUUAUGACCUCGAGAUAGCAAAGAGUGAAAAGGAGCCUCUCCACGUGGUGGCCACCAAAGCCUUUCAUCCCCCCCACGACGAGCUGACAUCUGUAUCUGUUGGGGACCAGUUUCUAGUGCAUCAUUCACAGAGGACUGAAGUCCUCUGUGAAGGAAUCAAAAAAGUGGUGAAUGUUCUGGCUUGUGAAAGAAUCCUCAAAAAAUCCUAUGAGGCAGCACUGCUCCCUUUGUACAUGGAAGGAGAUUUUGUAGAGGUGAUUCAUGAUAAGAAGCAGUACCAGAUAUCUGAGCUCUGUGCACAGUUCCGCUUGCCCUUUAAUGUGAAGGUAUCUGUGAGGGAUCUUUCCAUUGAAGAUGACAUCUUGGCUGCUACACCAGGACUGCAGUUGGAGGAAGCUAUCACAGACUCUUAUCUACUCAUAAGCGACUUUGCCAACCCCAAGGAGUGCUGGGAAAUUCCUGUGGGCCGCUUGAAUAUGACCGUUCAGUUGGUUAGUAUGUCUGGAGAUCCAGGAUCAUUUCUAGUCAGGACUCUGGUCGAAGAGAUCACUGAAGAACAGUAUUACAUGAUGCGGAGAUAUGAAAGCUCUUUCUUGCACCCCCCGCCUCGCCCUCCCAAACGUCCCUCGGUGGAGGAAACAAAGUUAACCCUGCUCGGCUUAGCAGAAGAAAGGGCAGUGAGUCUGCCUAAGUCUCCCAAGAGUCUCCAUGUAGACAUAUCCAAGAAACUGCACUCAAAUCAAGCUGGCCUGGAUUCAAAUGUACCAGUUGGUUGUCAAAAUGAUUUGGCUUUUCUGGAAAAAGAAAGGAGAAAGACUGGAGCAAGUGCAGUAGCAGGCACCAGUGCAACCACAGAAAUCUUCAAAAAAUGAAAAACAUCGAAAAUAACUAGAUGUGAAUGAAACCGCUUGGGUGGUGAAUAUAAAUGUUGCAGUGGAAAAGAAAACCUCGCCUUCUACCUGAAAAAAAACCAGAUAUUCCUCAAUGGACCCCAGAAGAAACUUGACUGGCCACUGCAAAGGAGAGAACAAACUUAAAAAUUUUAACAGAGAAAACUUACAGAGCAACCUAUGAUAUGAAAUUCACAUGGUCUAUUCUGUUGUGCCAAAAUUUGUAUGUAUUGUUUUAUUGUUAUUUAGGACAUAUUUAUUUAAUGUGCACACUUUCGAUGGUUCUUAUCUCUACUACCAACAAUUAAGCUCAUCGAACAUUUUCUCAGAAUUUGAUUUGACACUUUUUAGUGUUACCAUCAUUCCUGUUAAAAAUAACAAAGUUAUUUCGAGUGAUCUAAAAUACCCAGGUUUCUUAUCUAAUUCCCUUGAAGCUGUGGAAGUGAGUUUGACUUCACAUUUUCAUUAUGUUUUAGAAAUACACUAUGAAUAAGUAUGUUUGAGGCUUAACAGCCAAAUCCAUUGUGAGUUACAGGAAUUUUCCAUAACUUUCUCCACUGUCCUCUAAUAACCAGAGUUCAUUACUGCCAUAUCACCAAAGAUCUGAUAAUAUGUUUUCAUGUCCUGUACACUAGAAAAUCCCUUAGAUGAAUGUUUAUUAGAACCGUAGGAGAGCCAUAUUCACUUGUGUAUAACUAUCUCAUUAAAAUCAUACAGGAACUUAAUGCCAAGCUUUGGACUUGGUUCAUAGGUCAUACUCUAUACAGAAACUUAGCUAAUUUCAUAUUUCAUAAUUAUUUUACAUUAUGUCUAGAAAAUAUUCAUUGAUUUAGUACUAAAGAGUUUUUGAAGGCAACAAAUCAUGAAACAACUUUUCAACUGAGAAAAAAAAUGAAAGUCUUUUGUAUGAUAUUUGUAUUCUGAUCUUUUUUUCUUCCUUUUUAAGUUGAAAUGAACCCUGAUUUUCAAUACCCAAAGAUUGUUAGUGAUUUGAUAUGGUUAUAUCAUUUGUUUAUUUCCUAUUUCUGAGGUUUUCUGAGAUGGUUUCACUUUUAUUUGUUUUGCUUGUUUGUGCCCAUAAGAACAGGAACUUUUGAAAGUUUAUGUCCCCACAUUUGGUUGUUGGCGUCCACUGAGAAUCCUUUCUCAACAACCUUGGCAGACAGACUCAGAGAACUCACAGGCCAAGUUGUUAUUUUUAAAUAACAAUGAAUAAUUAGUAUUUUUAUUUGGUAUAUGCAAACAAAUCUAUACUCUUAGUAAGUACAAUUCUUUGGUUAGAAAAAUCAAGACAAUACAUGUCUUAGUUUGGUUGUAAAUCAUCAGGGGUUUUCUAGUGGAAAUCAUAUAUAACAUGUCUCACAAUGUAGUUCUUUUCUAUACCGUGCUUUCCAGUUCUCUUGAAUUUGAAAGGUGUCAUAAACAUCCUAUUCAUCUAUGGAAGAUUUGGGAAGGUUGAAAAUAAAUUUUCUUUGGCAUAUGUGUAUGUUCUUUGUCAUGUUUAACUAUGGAAUAACUAUCUUCCUGUUGUUAACAACUAAGAUAGUCUUAAUUGGGGUCGAAGUCAGUUCUUUACUAUUAAGGAAGAGGCUCCCUGUGUUAAGAAGCCAGGAGGGAUACCCUGCUCCCCUCAACCAGGGACCCAUAGUGCUGAGCACAAGGACCAAAUUUCACAGUAUGUCUGGAUAACGUAGAUGGAUGCCAAGACUCCAGUGAUUAAUGCUGCCCUCUUACUAACUGAGUCAAACAAUUUUAGGAAGGAGAUGAGAAAGGAGAAAGCAAAGUGUCUCUGAGAUGUGUUUAGCUCUCAUAACCAAGACUUUUAUGUAAGAAGUGUUUGUUUUAAGAUCAAAGUCAACAUUAAUGAGACUUCUGGAUGUUUAUCCAAAAGCUUAUGUAACAUAAUUACUUCUAAAAGGAAGGAGUAUGUAAAAUUCAUGAGAAGGAAGAGCCAGAAUUAGGAUCCCAAUAUAUCCUCUAAGGCUGGAAUACUGAAAACUGAAUCCAAUAGAAUGAAAGUAUCCUUUAGAUUUUACCAUCAAAAUAUUUGCUAAGUUUUGCCACUUUUUACUGCUUCUAUUGUACCACUGUGGCCCAAGUUCAAUCAUCUCUUCUUGAGUUUCUGCAGUAACCCUGUAACCAGUCUCUCUGUUCCUGCUCUUGCUACUGAUCAAUCAGUUCUUAACACAGCAGCCAGAGUGAUCUCAUUAAAACAACAGUAUUCCACACCACAGUUGCUUCUCACCUCACUCAGAAUAAAAUCCAAAAUUCCUAAAAUGAUCUACAAAGCCCUACACAAUCUGUUCCUGUUACUUCUCUGACCUCUUGUCCUCUCACUCAUUGUGUCCAAGUCAUACCGGCCUCCUCACUGCUCAUCAAACAAGACAAAACUGUCUUGCCUCUAGGCCUUUGACUUUGCUUUCUCUCCAUCAAGAACUGCCCUUAUCUCAGAUAUCCACACAGGUGACCCCCUCACUUCCCUCUGAUUUCAUACAAAUGCCUGCCCUGACCCUACAACCUUAAACUGGAACCUCAACCCCACCUGGUUCUUCUUGACUCCUUUCCACUUUAUUUUAUUUUUCUCCCUAAUAGUUGAUUCUAUCUUUUAUAUAAAAGAUUUAUCUUUUUUAGCUCUUCAUGAGUGGUAUUGAUUUCUGCCAAUACCCCAGGAUGCAAUAUUAGUUUAUAAUCACUAGAUUGGCCAGAAGUAAAUGAAGGUAGUUUUAAGGGAUUCAAUUCAGCUUUUUCUACUAGAAGAGCCAGACCAAGGGACCAUUGCUAUGGUUCCAAGAGCCAAUAUAUAUGUCUGUUUUGAUUAUAAUUUGGGAAAUGGAGAAAUGAGCACGGGUGGGGUCUGUGGGACCAGUGUACCCACUUUGAGAUGGACUGGGCCCAGAAGAAUAUUAUUUGAACUACUCUAAGGGGUUGUACUGCUUAUGAAAGGUAAGUAUAAGCACAAUGUCCAUGACCAUCACAAUUAUUUAUUAUAUAUUCUGUCAUUAAUGUACUGAAACCAUACUAAAGAAUGGCCUUUAGGUGACUAGGCUGAGAGGCCUUACUCCCUGUAGCUUCCCUACGCUGAUGUGAUGCACACUCUUAACAUUUUCUUGUCAUUUUUUGAUAACAGUGCAAUGAUUGGGCACAUGAGAUGCUGCAUCUGGGUGUCUGAAGGCUCCAGGAUUUUCUUGCUCUGCAUAAUGCUUGCUAUCUGUUGUUUACCCUUUACUAAGGUAAGCAAACUUGUUGCUGGAUAAGCCUGUUGUGUCUUGUAUAUUGACUGACAAUCUGAAACUGAAACUUAUUCUACUGGUCUUGUCUUUGUAAAAAUACUGAAAACCAUAAAGAUAUUAGGAAAAAAAGUGACAGGAGUUCCCAUUGUGGUGCAAUGGCGUUGGCAGCACCUCUGCAGUGCCAGGACACAGGCUUGAUCUCCAGCCUGGCACAGUGGGUUAAAGGAUCCAGGGUUGCUGCAGCUGCAGGCAUAGGUCAAACUGCAGCUUAGAUCUGAUCCCUGGCCUGGGAACUCCAUAUGCUGCAGAGUGGCCAUAAAAGGGGGAAAAAAAAGUAAUAAUAAUAAAAAAAAUAUGGCACAACAGAAAAGAAAGUUUUUGGGGGGAUAGUAGAUCUUAAGCCAUCAUCCAGAAUGCAGUUUUAAAAAAAUAGAAAAUUAUAAAAAAAAAGAUGUUAAAAAGACAUUGAGAUGAGUGUAUGAAGGCACAAGGUUUAUUUAAUUGGCGUUGGAGCAGGAGAAAUUGGGAGACUGGUGCAAGGCUGAAGUGAGACAAUAAUGCAAAGAUAUGAUAUCUGAGAACUUUCUAGAAUUAGUAAAUAAAUCUUUCUCAGAUUUGGAAAAUACAGAAUAUCCCAAGAAGGAUAAAAAAGUAAUUUCCCAAUAUAUCAUAUAAUAAUGAAAUUUGAGAAGGUGGAUACAGGAAUAAGGCUGGUACAUCAAUGGGGCAAGCAGUAAACUUUACCAAGGCCAAAACAGAAGCUGGAAGCCAGGGUAUGGGGGAAACACUCUCAAGAGCUGUGAACCAAAACAAUUUUUUUAAAAAAUAGAAAUAAAAGACUUUUACAGGUUUGGAAAAAAAGAGGAUUUAUAAUCACUUGAAUUUCCAGUAUAGAACUAUAUAAAGGAUGUACUCUUAAGAAAGAAAAUAAAUCCAGAAAUAAAGAUCUGAGAAUCAAGAAGGAAUAGUAUGUUAAAAGAUAACUCACAGAAUCAAGACAAUAUUUGCCAUAUACACAUCUAACAAAAGAAUUGUACCCAGAGUAUAUAAAUAACUUCUACAAAUCAUUAAGUAAAAUGCAGACAACCUAAUUUUAAGGAAGGAUAAAGGACUGAAGCAGGCAUUUCAUAAACAGGGAUAUCCAAAUGGAUAAUGAGCAUAUGUAAAUGUGCUCAAAAUCACAGCAGUCUUUAGGAAAAUUCAAAUUAGAGCCACGAUGACAUAUACCAUUACAAAUCCACCAGAUGGCUAAGAUUUUUUUUAAAUGACAAGAACAAGUUUUGAAGAAAGUGUGGAGCAAUCAGAGCUCACACAUAUUGCUGGUGGGAGUUUAAAUUGAUAUAUCUACUUUGGAAAACUGCAGUAUCUACCCAAGCUAAACAAAUACCAACUCUUGAGCCCAGAAUUUCCACUCAGAGGUGUAAGUGAAACAAAACUUAAAUGCAUUCACCUACUAAUAAGACAUGCACAAAGAUGUUUGUAGCAACCCUAUUCAUGUAGCUUCAGAUGACGUAAUCCAUGUUCAUGGCCAUAGACUAGACAACUAAAAUGUGAAAAAUGAUGCAGCCAUGAGAGUGCAAUGAUACCUGUAACAAGGUGAAUAUAUUUCAAAACCAUAAUGUUGAGUGAUAGAAUCGAGAGGCAAAAAAUAUAUGCUUCAUGAUUCUUUUUAUAUUAAUCCUGAGAACUGGCAACAUUGUUUUAUGUUAACUGAAGGAAAUAUGUUGUUUGCAUUUGGGUUGGUAAUGACCAAGAGAGGGUACAAUAUAGCUUUCUGGGGAACUGUCAGUGCUGCAUAUCUUAAUCUGUGUUCUGGUUACAUGGAGAUACACAUCACUGUAAAGACACUGAACUUUAUAUUUAAGAACUGUGCACUUCUCUGCCUUAUGUAAUGACAGAGCAAAGGAAUGACAAGCGCACAUUUCAGAAUAGUGCCUACUUCUGGGAUAAAGGUUGAGGAGAGAUUGGAAUGGGACCCUAAGCUUUCCAGGGUGCUGCUAGUGUUCUAUUUUUUAUGCUUGUUAGUGAGUAUUUGGGUGCUUUUUAAUCUUUAUAUCGUGUGUGUAUGUCUUAUACAUAUUUUUGGUUUUGUGUAUAUGAAAUAAUUCAUUAAAAAUAAAAGAAGAAAUGACAUAAAUAAAACAAUGCUAUUUAAUUUGGCCACAGAGGAGGUAGAGAUUCACCAAACCUCCCUCAAAAUAUGCGUUAAAAUCGCCUGUGUGAACUCUAUCAUAUGUAAUAUUAUUGCACAUAUACUUUUGCUCUACUUUCUUUUUUUCCAUUAGGAGAAUAUAAAUAUUUUCCUUUUUUUAAGUGAUAUAAAUAACAUAUAACAUUAUGUUAGUUUCAGGUAUAUAAUAUAAUGAUUAGAUAUACGUAUGCACUGGGAAAUGAUUACCACAAGAAGUCUAGUUACCGUAUGUCAUGAUACAAAGUUACAACAAUUAUUUUUCUUGUGAAAAGAACUUUUAGAUUUAUUAGCUUAGCAACUUUCGUAUAUGCAGUGUAAUGUUAUUGACUAUAGUCACCAUCCUGUACAUUACAUCCUUUUGACUUGUUUAUAACUGGAAGUCAGUACUCUUGAUCCCCUUCACCCAUUUUACCUACCCCCAGUCUUCCUCCCAUUUGGCAAUCAUCAAUCUGUUCUCUGUUUAUUACUUUUCUUUUGUUUUUAGAUCCCACAUGUAAGUGACAUCACAUAGGAUUUGUCUUUCUCUGUUUGACUACACUUAACAUAAUAUGCUCAAAGUCUCAUCCAUGUGAUCCCAAAUGGCAAGACUUCAUUCUUUUUUAUGGCUAAAUAACAUUUCAUUGAAUAUGUAAUACAUCUUCUAUAGCUAAUCAUCCUUCCAUAGACAUAGUUUUUCCAUGUCUUGGUUAUUGUAAAUUAUGCUGCAGUGAACAUGAAGGUGUAUAUUUCUCUUCUAAUUACUGAUUUCAUUUUCUUUGGAUAAAUACCCUGAAGUGGAAUUGCUGGGUCAUGUGGCAUUGUAUUUAAAAUUUUCAGGAAUAUCCAUACUGUUUUCCACAGUGACUGUACCAAUUUAUCUUCCCACCAACAGUACACAAUGGUUCUAUUUUCUCCACUGCCUUGGCAACACUUGUUAUUUCUUGUCUUUUGAUAACCACCAUUCGAACAGGGUGAGGUGGUUUUGAUUUGGAUUUCCCUUAUGAUUAGAGAUUUGGACUAUUUGAGUGUCUUCUCUGGAAAAAUGUCUGCUCAGAUCUUAUGCCCAUUUUUUUAAUCAGAUUUUUUUUGUUAUUGAGUUGUAUGAGUUCUUUCUAUAUUUGGGGUAUUAAUCCCUAUUAGAUAUAUAGUUUGCAAGUAUUUCUAUCAUUCAAGAUCCGUUUUAAUUUUGCUUAUGGUUUCCUAUGCUCUCCGAAGAUUCUGUUUGAUAUAGUCCCACUUGCUAAUUUUCACUUUUGUUGCCCUUGCCUUUGGAGUCAGAUACAAGAAAAAUUAUUGCCAAGAUCAAAGUCAGGGAGCUUAUUGCCUAUGUUUUCUUCUAGGAAUUGUAUGACUUCAGCUUUUACAUCAAGUGUUUAAUCCAUUUUGAGUUAAUUUUUGUGCAUGAUGUAAGAUAGUAGUCUAAUUUUCUUCUUUUUUAUGUGGCUUUUUCCCAAGACCAUUUAGUUAUGAGAUUGUCCUUCCUCAUUGUAUACCCUUGCCUCCUUUGCUGUAAAUUAAUUGACCAUAUAAGGGUGGGUUUAUUCCCAGGCUCUCUGUUCUGUUCCAUUGAUCUGUGUCUGUUUUUAUGCCAAUACCACAGUUUUGAUUACUGUAUCUUUGUAUUAUAGUUUUAAAUUAGGGAGCGUGAUGCCUCCAGCUUUCUCCUUUCUCAAGAUUGCUUUGAUUAUUUGGGAUCUUUUGUGAUUCCAUACAAAUUUUAGCAGUGUUCUAUUUACAUGAAAAAUGCCACUCCAAUUUUGACAGGGACCAAAUUGAAUCUAUAGAUUGUUUUUGGUAAUACAGACAUUUAAACAAUAUUAAUUCUUCCAAUUCAUGAGCAGAGAACAUUUCCAUUUAUUUGUGUAUUCUUCAAUUUAUUUAAUCAACAUCUUGUAGUUUUCAGUGUACAGGUCUUUCACCUCCUUGGUUAAAUUUACUUCAAAGUAUUGUGUUCUUUUUGCAAUUGUAAAUGGGAUUGUUUUCUUAUAUCUCUUUAGUAUUUUCUUAUAUGUGUCUGAUAUACUAACAAAAUAUAAGAAAUAAUUUUUUCCAGCACAUUCCUUGAAAUGUCCCCAGAUCCUUUUGUUGAUGAUAAAUGCUUUCUACAUUAUAUGUCAAAUUCUUAUCUUUUGCAGUACUCAAAAGUAAAAGCCAAAGUCUAGUCAGUGUUACCAAAAUACUUAAUGUAUAUGGUAUUUAUACUCUUUUAGACAUAUCCCUGUUAUUUAUGUAAUUAUUUAUUUAUUUAUUCAUUUUAAAUGUAUUGGGGUAUAGUUGCUUUACAAUGUCGUGUUAGUUUGUUAUAUAGCAAAGUGAUUCAGUUGUAUAUACCUGCAUUCAUUCUUAUUCAGAUGUUAUCUCAUAUAGGUUAUUAAAGAAUAUUGAGUAGAGUUGCCUGUAUUGUACAGUAGUUCCUUGUUUAUUAUCUAUUUUAUGUAUAAUAGUGUCUAUAUGUUAAUCCCAAACUUCCAAUUUAUCCUCUCCACACCUUCACCCUUUGUAACCAUAAAUUUGUUUUCAAAGUCUGUGAGUCUGUUUCUGUUUUGUAAAUAUGUUUAUUGUAUCAUUUUAAAAAUUAGAUUCCAUAAAUAAGUUUUAUCAUAUGUUAUCUUUAUCUGAUUUACUUCACCUAGUAUGUUAAUCUCUAGAACCAUCCAUGCUGCAAAUGGCAUUAUUUCAUUCUUUUUAUGGCUGAUUAAUAUUGCAUUGUAUAUAUCCAGUCUUCAUCCAUUCCUCUGUUGAUGGGCAUUUAGGUUGCUUCCAUGUCUUGCCUAUUGUAAAUAGUGCUGCAAUUAACAUUGAGGUGCUUGUAUCUUUUCAAAGUUUGGUUUUCUCCAGUUACAAGCCCAGGUGGGAUUUCUGGGUUAUUAGGUUCUAUAUAUAGUUUUUUAAGGAACCUCCGUACUGUUCUUCGUAGUGGUUGUAGCAAUUUACAUUCCCACCAACAGUGUAGGAGAGUUCCCUUUUCUCCACACCUUCUCCAGCAUUUAUAGUUUGUAGGCUUUUUGAUGAUGUCUGUUCUAACUGGUGUGAAGUGAUAUCUCACUGCAGUUUUGAUUUGUAUUUCUCUAAAAAUUAGCAAUGUUGAGCAUCUUUUCAUGUGCUUUUUUGGCCAUCUGUAUACCUUCUUUGAAGAAAUGUCUAUCUAAAGAUGAAUGUCUGUGUAAAGAUCAAUGAAACUAAAAGCUGGUUCUUUGAAAGGAUCAACAACAUUGAUAAACCUUUAUCCAGACUCAUCAAGAAAAAAGGGAGAGAGCUCAGAUCAAUAAAAUGAGAAAUGAAAAAGAAGUUUCAACUGACACCACAGAAAUACAAAGGAUCAUAAGAGACUACUAUGACAACUAUAUCCCAAUAAAUGGACAACCUAGAAGAAAUGGACAAAUUCUUAGAAGGGAUAUCCUUCCAAGACUGAACCGGGAAGAAACAUAAAAUAUGAAAGAAUAAUCACAAGUACUGAAAUUGAAACCGAUUAAAAACUUCCAACAGUUGGGGUUAGUAGAUGCAAACUAUUACAUUUAGAAUGGAUACGCAAUGAGGUCCUACUAUAUAGCACAGGAAACUAUAUCCAGUCUGUUGGGAUAGACCAUGAUGGAAAAUAAUGUGAGAAAGGAAAUGUGUGUAUAUAUAUGUAUAUGACUGGGUCACUUUGUUAUACAGCAGAAAUUGACACAGCACUUUAAAUCAACUAUACUUUAAUUAAAAAACAAAAAAUGAAAACUUCCAACAAAAACAAAAGUCCAGGACCAGAUGAUCUCACAGGUGAAUUUUAUCAAACAUUUAGAGAAGAGUUAACACAUAUUCUUCUGAAAUUCUAUUAUUAAUCUUUUUUAUUUAAUUUUGUUCCUUUUGUACAUUAUGAAGAAAUAGCAAGCUUGGCUUUACUAUUCUCAAUACAUGGAAAGAUAUACAUGAAGAGUUUUUAUUUCUAAGCUAGAGAUUAGUGGUGAUACAGUAGCAAAAAUGUUCGUUAGUGUUCAUAUGCUUGAUUAGACUAAUAGUAUGUGUUGGAGGAGAAGGGCUAUAUCAUUUCUCUCCUCUCAUUACAUGGAAAUAAUUGCCUGGUAAUAACCUCAUCUGGGUCACUGAAUUAUAUAUUUAAAGUGUUAAAAGAUAAAAAGUAUCUAUGUAUCAUACACACACACACACACACACACACACACACAUACAUACAUAUAUGUAUAUUUCUCACAGUUUCCAUUGUGGCUCAGCAGGUUGAGAAUUCGACAUAGUCUCUGUGAGGAUGCGGGCUCAAUCCCUGGCCUUGCUCAGGGAUUAAGGAUCCAGCACUGCUGCAAGUUGUGGAGUAGGUGUGGCUAGUUUCAGCAUUGCUGUGGCUGUGGUGUAGGCCUGCAGUGACAGCUCUAAUUGGACCCUUGGCCCAGGAAUUUCCAUCUGCUGCAGGUGCUGCCCUGAAAAGAAAAAAAAAAAAGAUAUAGUUAGGUAGGUAGGUAGAUAGAUAGAUAGAUAGAUAAAUAGAUAGAUCAUGGAGAUAUAUACAUAUAUAUAUAUUAGAUACUAAAAAUCUAAAAUAUAAAUUUGCUUUAUCGAAGUUUGUUUCAAAUAGGUUUACCUUAUGAAAGCAGGAACUAAACUAUGUAUUUUUUGUUUUAUAUUACUUUCAGUGAUUUUUGGCAACAUGGUUUCUGUUUGAAUGAAUUAUUUCAUGUUGGUAUAUGUAUAGAAGAUGUACUCAAAAUACUACCACUUCCUAUUCUCACAACAAAGUCAUGGAGAUGUAAAAUUUUGGACAUGGGUUUGCAAAAUCCUGGACAACUUGGUAGGCAGUUUCAAUCUAAAUCCAGGGCUGAUAUCCCCAAUAUGUGGAAAUUAGAGGCGAAAGCAGAUUUUGAAUAAAUCUGUAAAUCAGGGUCUUUUAAAAUGGGAAAUAAACAAAACUGCUAAUAAGUUGUUUUCAAAUUCCCUAUAGAUGUUAAUACUGGGGAUUUGGAAAUAAUAAAUUAGAAUUUGUGGCAAAUCUGGAGAAUUCUCCAAAUCAUAGGUUUUUUCCUAUAUUUUAAAAUAAUUAAUCUGUUUUAAAAUAAUAAUGAGUGCUUAUGAUAGUAAACAGUGAGUUUUUUGUGUGACAGAAUUUUAGUUUCAGAAGUUUUUAGUUAAAAAAUAAAAUAUGGUAAUAAAUGCAUGGUAUUUUCUUAAAAGAUAAUAUAUUUUGAUAAGAUGUGAAAAUGUUGUUUACCUGAGGUAGAUAUUUGAUAUUAGAAAACAUUUAAAGGGAACAUUAACAAAAUAACUGUCAAAUAAAAAUCAUUAAAAAUUAAGUGAUAAUAACAUUUAUUAUUUAAAAGUUAUUAUUUUCUUAAAAGGAAAUUUUACAACACAUGUAUCAUUGAUUGUUCAAUCCAUAAUCCUUCUUUUUGUUUUGAAACAAAGAAAAUGUUGCAUUGAUGUUGCUUGAAUUAUUAAAAUUGGGUAUUAAUGUA